GUCCUUCUGUCAUUUAGUGCCUAUCUGCUGCCGUCCACCCUGGCAGCUGAAAAGUUGCCUGCUGUGUGUGGGACAGUCUCAGCAUUUGCAGAUGUCUGGCUCAAACAGGGAUUGUGGGUACAGAUUUAAGGCGAUCCCAGCUCCCACUCUGAAGGUUCCUUUCAGAGACUGGAGUUCUGCAAGGAAGUCCUCCUGUCCACAUGAUUGCAGCUUUAAAAGAUUUCCACACGUCUAUAUUGAGUGACCGGAUCCGAAGUCUAAGUUGAUGCACUUCAGCAAUGAAACCACACCAGCAGAUCUGUGCCCCUUCCCUUGCCUUGCGCUCUGAGCCCGGCAGGCCAGGUGAGAACCAGCAAUCCAAAGUCUGGAACUGGCAUUUGGAUCCUGAGCUGUGGGCAAGAUCAGUUCGACAGCAGUUGAAUGCCUGCCUCUGCUUUGACAUGGAAGAGAGGAAGGAACAGCUGUUUUCUGAUAUGCCACCAUUUGAUACACUUGGGGUUGAGUACACUGAAUGUGACUGCCACAGCGAGGACCAUGCCUGGAGCUGUCCAAAGAAAGCGAAGGAGCUCUUGAGGGAACUGGUUGAAUCAGAGGAGCGGGUAGCACUGGAGCUCCUGCUCGCUGAGUUGCAAUCUCUGAUAUCAGCUGUGCUGCAGGAUGGCAGCUCUGAGGCUUGGCGCUACCUGUAUGCAGUACUGGGUCUGUUGCCUCCAUAUCGUGAGUUGCUAGGUGGUCACCUUGAUUUGCUGCCCUUCCUGGAGCAGCUGUACUGCUGGGCACCCAAGGUCCAAUCCCAUCUCCAGCUGGACCUGCUAGAUGCCAUAGACAAGGUUUUUCCCCCAGACAGCUCUUUGUUACAUCGUGCCUCCCAUGUUGACUGCCAUCCCCAGAAGAAGAGGUUCCAUCGAGAGUCCCCACGCCCAGCCUGCCCUAUUGUGAAGGCCCGGUGGGGUGGGCAACAAGAAAAGGAAUUGGACACUUGGCUGCGACCAUUGACGCUGCCCGAGCUACAGCAUUGCCUGGGUAUUGUUGGUGCUGAGGUGGCCCUAGAAGAGACCCAGUGGCUCAAUAGCCUCAGUCUCCUGCCCUUGGCAUUGGCCACAGACAUCCCUGUACAGUAUGAAAGCAAUGGUGCUGACCAUAUGGAAGAGGAGCCUGCUGCAGGAAAGUCUCAGCUUGGCUCUGAAGCUCCUGAUGAGAAGGACUUCAAGAAGAGAAGCUAUGACUUCUUAUCUGAGACUUCCAUCCUAAGCAGCCAGGUGAAGUCCAUUCUGAAAGCAGAGAAGUCUGUGAAGAAGGUCCACUUCUUCUAUCUCAAUGUGGCUCCUGAUCGGCACUUUAGGCCUUACAACCUGAUAGUGGUUCCACCAAAUAAGGUGAAUCCUGAACACUAUGUCUUUUCUCCCUUUGGGAUCCUGCAUGUACAUCCUGCGGAGGGCAGUGAGACCAUGUCGCUGGGCACCUGGCACCGCCACUCUGUUCUCUGGCAGGAGCUCCAGUCCAUUCCCUUCUUUAAGUAUUGCCUCUUACGAAAGGCCUUGACCUGCUGGAAGAAGAAUGCGAAGUUGUACGGGCUGCUUCGGAUACAGACUUUCUUGAUGAAUCAUCUGCUCUUGGUUGUGCCUCACUUUGGAGCAGGGCUGCUCCAUAUUAGCAGGCUCCUACAGGAGCUACACUCUGUGUCCUGGCUACCCAAGGAGCCAGAUCAGACCUAUGAACUGCUGGAUCUGCAGAAGGCUCUAGCCAAAGAGAAUCACAAGGCUCUGCAGCUACUCUGUCGCUUUCUGAAUCUCUGUACAUCCAUUCUCCAACUGGUUCACGAGGACACAUACCAAAUGCAACAGGGCCUGCAGGAACGAGUACAAAACUGGAACAGGAUCAGGAAGGGCCAAGGCUCUAUAUACCUCCAGAGGGUACUUGGCAGGCAGCUGGAGAAAAAGCUGAAGCAGGCAGAAAUCUGGUUGCUGAAGCUGGGAAAGUUUGCCCGCCUGGUGGAGUACAUGAUUUGUCAGAACGUUGUUUCCAUCUUGGAAGAUGAAAUAACCUCUUUUGUAGCCAACAUUUUGCAAGCCCCACGGCAAAACCCUCUUCUCUUAUCACAGCUAGUCUUUGAUGAAAAUAGUCAUCUGUCUCCUGUGCCCUGUGUUGAAAAUGUAAUCCAGACAUUCACCAAGAGCCUGCAGUCUAUCAAGACCUCUGCCCUGAAGGUAAUACAGUCUGUAGACCUGAGGACCACCAGAGAUCCCGUGUAUUCUGAAGAAGAUAAAGAACAGGACUCAAAUGCGGAACUCCUGAUGCCCAAAUUUCAUGGAAAACCCAGCGAUGCUGUUCAUCUUUUCUGUGGCCCAAACGUAGGAUUUGUGUGGCCCUGGAAGUCUCAUGCAAUUACUGAUGUCCUGGAAGUUCAUGGGCACCGACUUCGGGGUCAGUAUUUGCCUCCCAAUUAUGAUAAGAUGAAGGAAGACUUGGACAGCAGUGCUCUAAUCCAGCAGGCACUGACUGCACAACAGGCACUCCUGAAGGACAUGCGGCAGGAAGUACAGGAAUUCUGCAACAGUCAACAAUGGGUAGCAGUCAUUUAUGAGUUCCUGAAGACCUGGGGGCCUCAGAAACUAGAGAACAUGAGAGGCUGUCCCAUCAAGGACUAUGUGGUGCUGGUGAAUCAGCUGAAAGUCUGGGAGGACCAAGUCUCCAAGAUGCCUGUGCAGUUGCUGACGAAAGGCAAGUUGCUGCUGCUGAGCUGCCAUGAUGUACAAGCAGAGCUGGAAUCCAAGCUGAACAGCACGAGAAAGACCAUUCUUGAACAUGUGCAGAAUGAAUGCUGGAACCGCAAUCAGCAGCUAAUGACAGAGCUGACAGAUUUCUUGCGUUUCUUUCAAACCAUCAACUCAGACAUUCAUGCCAUUUCUCAGUGCUCUCAAAAGUUGAAUGAAGCCAAUGAACAGUACACCCAGCUCGAGGAGCGAGUGGAAUAUGUCCGAUCACUCCAUGAACUCCUCCGCAACCACCAUGGCCUCUUCAGUGCUGAAAAUGAGGUGAUGGACAUCUCGCUUCUGGAUAUGUGGGAGGCAUUUCGGUUUGAGAGAGGUCAGGCCUCAGAGUUCCUGCUCAGCAAGCGAUAUGCCAUUGUGCCCAAGCUGCAGCAGCUGAUGGCAGCAGCAUUGGCAGAGCUGGAAGGCCUGCUGCAGAAGGCCCUGUCUGCUCCCUUCAUGGAUCCUUCACAGGAGCAGAGGAGCACUGAGUACCAGCUCAUUGCCCUGGAGCAUCAGUUCCUGAAAACAGUCAGCCACUUCACUGAACUACAUCAUGCCUAUACCACCUUCACUGGGGAGGAGAGUCCUAUGGCCCUGCCCAUCUGUGGGACCCGGCCCAUUGUGCAGCAGCAGUGCAUUUGGCAUCUGUAUCGAAUCAUCUCUGAAAAUUUCAGCGAGUGGAAGGGCAUGGCUUUAGCCAAGUUCAAUCUUUCUAUGGCCCGGGAGAAGACAGAUGCCUGGCUGACAGAGGCGGCAAAGCUCAGCACAACCCUUGGGCUGCACAGCCCUGUGCUGCAACACUGCAUGCACAUGCUGGAGGAGUUUCGAAGCUACCUGCCCUUGCUCACCAAGUUGAGCAGCCUUCAUCUGCAGAGCAUUAACUGUCAAUCCCUCUUGAGAGUGUUAGGGCUGAGCACCCUCCACAGUACGGAAUUUCUCACACUGGGCCAGCUGCUCAAUUGUCCACUCCUGGAAUUUGCAGAUCGAAUCAACCAGGUCUGGCAGUAUGAUAAGGAACGAAUUCAUGCCCAAGAAACCCUACAGCAGAUGCAGCAGUACUGGGAGGCACGCCAGCUGCGCCUGCUCAACUUCAUCCUCCAUGUACCCUAUGAGCCUCCAGCCUCAGAGCGUUCCAAGAAGCAGGUCUUCCGCAGCCCCCAGUGGGAGUUAGUGGAUGAGGAUAGCGGCACCUUCCUCCUCUCAGACUACAGCAGCCUACAAGAUGCCAUCCAGGACAGUCUUCAGGCACUAUUUAAGAUCCUAGCCAUCCAAAAGUCAGGAGAAUUGCAUAAAAUGGCUUUGGAAUGGAUGACUAUCAUGUAUGGCCUGGGUGCCUUGCUGGAGGUAUGGGUGGCUUUCCAGCAGAAAUGGAUUUUUCUGAAUAAAGUUCUGCAUGAGAUGAAGAUCCAGUUUCCUAGUGCUGACCUGAAUGCUCGUUUCAAGGUCAUGGAUGAUCAGUAUCGAACCCUAAUGUGCAUCUCUGUAGCUGACCCAAUGGUUCUGUCGCUUAUAGUACCCAAUGCCAAGAGGAGCCCUUACUUCCAAGGCCAGCAUCUGCAACAAUUACUGCAAGGAGGGUCUGUGGAGCUGGAGGCCAUCAUCGUGGCUCUGGAGAAUGUGUUCUAUGGGGUAUGUGCCCGCUUCCCCCGCCUUUUCUUCCUCAGUGACAGUGAGCUGGUGGCCCUGCUGGCUGCCCCUCUAGAAACAUGCGAGGCCCAGACAUGGGCACAGCGCUGCUUUCCUCAUAUCAAAGCUGUGAACUUCAAGUCCAGCCCAGAUGAUGAGAAAAAUGAGGAUGAUCAGGAGUCAAGCCCAAGCAGACAGGCUCCAGUGGAAGCACUUGCUGUGCUGGGGGCAGGUGGAGAGCAAGUGAAACUUCAGGGGCCCCUCCCUCUACAUCCAGAUCUCCCCAAGUGGCUGGCCUCUCUGGAGAAGUGUCUGCGUUUGGUACUGGUGAACAUGCUGCAGGGCUGUGUGGCCACCUGCUUUGCUCAGAACCCAUCUCUAGUUGAGGAAUUUAAGAAACUACCUCAACAAAGACAGGCAUCCCUGCCACUACAUGUCCAGCACUGGCUAGAUUCAGUCCAGGCCUUUCCUUGGCAGUGUAUACUAGUGGCAGAGGAGGUAGUAUGGCGGGCAGAGAUGGAGGAGGUUUUGCUUGAAUGGGGGACCCUGGGCAUGACCUCCAUGCAUAUACACAAGCUUGAAGUACUGCUGCAAUUUAUUCGAACUCAGAGGAGCUCCCAGGAUGGGCAUCCUCUGCCUUCUGUCCGCCAGACCAGCCUACUCAGCACCCUGCUGGUCAUGGCAGUGACUCAUCGGGAUGUAGCACAGCUGUUGGAAAAGCACCAAGUUAGUGGUCUGACAGACUUCCAUUGGGCCCGGCAACUUAAGUAUCACCUGGGGUCAUCUCAUUUGACCCCCAAGAGUCCCCUGCAAAGUCUCAAGACUAUUGCAUCUGCUGAGCCCUCUCUGUCACCAGCUACAUGCUGGAUAGAUGUGCUGGGCCGGUCCUUCCUAUACAAUUAUGAAUACUUAGGGCCCAAACUAGGGCCUCUGCCCAGCCUGAUGCAUGAGCGGCAAGUGUUGGUUCUGUUAUUGGCCCUGGAGGAGGUGGCUUGUGGGACCUUACUGGGCCGGGAUGGUUUGGGCAAGGCAGAAACAAUGAAUGGCCUGGCACGGGCCCUGGGCCGCCAGCUGGUAACAAUGCCCUGUUUGCCCCAGAUAGAGUCCCGGUGUCUGAGCAACUACUUGAAUGGUGCCCUUCAGGGUGGGGCCUGGCUGCUGUUGGAGGCAGUUCACCGCUUACCUUCUAGCUUGCUCUCUGCCCUGGGCCAGCGUCUGGCUGAAGUGCACCGUCUUUAUGCCCCACUGUAUCAGAAAGCUUCCCAAAGCACCAGCACCAUAGACCCCACUGAUCCCCUGUUCCUUGGCAUUGGUUUCUUUGAGAAGCAUCAUGUGUCCAUGCGCCUUGGCUAUGGCUGUUUCCUGACAAUGCGUGCCCUGAGCCCUGCUGUGCCUGCCAAUCUGCACAUGCUACUGCGGCCUGUGGCACUGGCACUGCCUGACUUGCAGCGAGUGGCAGAGCUGACCCUGCUGGGUGCAGGGGUGCGGGAUGCCUCCCGCAUGGCUACUCGCCUAUCCAAAUUAUUCUCCCUAGAGUGUGAGCUGGUGUCUGGGACCCUGCCCUGCCGCUUGCCACUGCUUAAGCAGAUCCUAGAAGGCACAAUACAUAUGCUGAAUGUGACCAAGGAGGAAGAUACGUCCCAGAAGCCCCACAACUCAGCUGUCAAAGAGGAGGCUGCCCUGCUGCAUGCCCUGCUUAACUCACCACUAUUCAGCAUCCUGGAUGGGCUCCGCCUACAAAAACUCCAAGAGCUGCUGUGUGGGAUUUUCCCUAGUGCUAGCCAAGUACUGGCAGAGCCCAUGACCCAUAGGCUGAUGAGGUCAGUGGUAGUGGAGGAACUCCAGCGGGUAGACCUGCUUCCCACCCCUAACAUGUUGAUAUCUCUGGAGCAGCUCAGUCAGGCCCUAAGCCGGGCCUCUGGCAUUUUGCUCCUGGGCCCCGCAGGCAGUGGCAAGACUACUUGUUGGAACAGCUUAUUUAAGAUUCAGAAUCGACUGGCAGCCAUGGAACACACCUCAACCAAGGGUUUCCAAUCUGUGGAAAUUACCCACCUAUAUCCUAGUGCACUCAGUUCCCAAGAGCUCCUAGGGUGGUUAGAGGGUUCCUCCUGGCACUAUGGCAUCUUUCCAAAGCUGCUUCGUGCUGCCCCUCAGUGUAAGAGCACAGGUGUAACAGACCAGUCAGAGGAAUUGAUGGGGAUCCAGCAAUGGAUAGUAUGUGAUGGGGCCUCUAGUUGUGCAUGGCUGGACUCCAUCACUUGCCUCCUGUGUGACCCUCCUCAGCUGAGCCUCCCCAAUGGUCAACAGAUAGCACGACCCCUGAGUACCCUUCUCUUGAUGGAGGUUGCAGAUGCAGAAGGCAUGUCCCCCACAGUGGUAGGCCAGUGUGGUCUAGUCUGGUGUGGUGGGGAGCAGACUUGGCAGUGCAUGCUUACAGUUUUGAUGACAUCCUUGCCCAAUGAGUACCACCUACAGCAACGAACAAUCGUUGAGCUCAAUCGCUUAGCUGAAAUUAUGGUGCCUGCAGUGCUCAGAUUCCUUGCCCACAAGGGUGCCAGUUCUCUGCUACAGGUACAUGGGCAUCAGGGUGUUUGCCCAGGUGUGGCAGAAAUCACCAGCCUGACCCGGAUCUUGCGUGGUCUACUUGACCCUCACCUACACCUGUAUAAGGAGGAGAAGGCAUGUGGCCCAGAGGACUUAAGUAGCAGUGAUCUUGUGGCCCAAAGCUUCAAGUCUUCAAAAAGCAAGACCCAGGCUGACAGUGACAAAGCGAAGAAAAGGCAGAGGAAACAUUUGCUGGCUAUCAGCAGCUUUCUUUUUGCUGUAAUCUGGGGCUUUGGAGCCCACCUUCCCUCCAGGCUAUGGCCUCUCUUUGAUAACUUCAUGAGGAAUUCUAUUAGUUGCCUCUCCAACUACCCCAAGCCACCCUCCUCAGUCUUGGUGUUUGAUCUACACGUAAACCCUGAAGAUGGGACUCUGGUUCCCUUCACGGGCCAAUACUUGAGCAGCCGUGUCAGAGGAUCUCUGGGUUCCUUCCACCCCUCUACCCAGACUGAGCGGCUCUUGUAUGUGGUGGACCUUCUCCUGUCAAAUGGACAGCCAGUGCUGCUGGCUGGAGAGGCAGCCACAGGGAAGUCAGCUUUCGUAGAGGUGCUAGUGGAGCCAAAUCACUCUUUCAUACACAGUCCCAUCCACCCUGCCCUCAAUUCUGCCCAUCUUCGUCACCUGCUGAGCAGAGGGGUCCAAGGCCAAGCACAAGCCAACCCAACUUCUGGCUAUCACCAGGACUUGAAAUGCUCUCUCCUUUUCCUGAUGGAAGAUCUGCACCUGGCUGCUUCUGAUUCAGAGAAGACCUGCCAGCCAGUGUUGGAGACUCUGCGCCAGGCAAUGGACGGCACCAUCUAUGCCCACACCACCUUGGAAUUGCAGACACUGCAGCCCACAGUCAGCUUCCUUGCCACUGCUACAGUGCCAGGCUUCUGGGAGCGCCCGCUCUGUCCACGCCUCUUUCGACUCUUCACAGUGCUGGCCCUGGGCAGCAUGACCCAGGACACCUUUUUGAGCAGGCAUGUCCGUACUAUCCAAGCCUGGCUUGAGCGCUUCCCUUCUGUGGAGCGGGAGCACACUCUAGCAAGAGCCUUAGUCCGAGCGUCAGUGGAGGCCUGGGAGGCUGUGUGCAACUGUUUCAUGCCUUCGCCCCUCCGCCCACACUACCGUUUCUCCCUACAUUCCGUGAGCCACCUUUUGGGAAGUCUUCAACUGCUGCCUACCAGAAUGGGCUUACGAGGCUUUUCAGACUCUUCCCAUCACCAGGAGUACUUGCGCUGGGCGUCAGGCUUGCGUGGCACUCGCCUGACUAUCAUGACGUCUAUGCGCAGCAUGGUGCGCCUUUGGUUGCACGAGGCACAGAGAACUUUUUGUGACCGGCUGGACAGCCCUAGGGAACGCUCCCACUGUGCUAAGCUGCUUUUAGAAGUAGCUCAGAAUGUCUUCUGUUGUGCACCAGGGACCCAGUCUUUAGUCAAGGACCACGAGGAGGAAAAAGAGGAGGAGAGGGUACCUGAGGUAGAAUCUGAAGGAGAAAUAGCCCAGUGGGAGGACUUAAGCAACAGCGACAGUGAUUCUGAGCAGGAAGAAGAUCCUUAUGGCCUGCAGGCCACCACAGGCUCAUACAUCAGCAUCCCAACUCUAUCACCAUCCAUAAGGUCACUAAGCAAGGAGAGCAUAGAAAGUGUAAGUUACAUGACAGAGCAGGAGGAAGACAUAAAGUCUGCUAGUAGUAAGGUACAGUCAGAAACACCAAAGAGUGGAGAGCAGAAGGCACCCCAGAUGGACUUGGUCUCACCCUUGUUGAUACCAGUGCUAUUGAUGUAUCCCCAGGAAGAGCCUUCAGACCUGGUCUUCAGCCAGGAACUUACAAUAGGAGCCAGCUUUGAGACCCCCAACUUAUACUUGGAACGACAGUGGGAGAACCUGGAAAAGCAGUUGGCCGCCUCAGCUGUUCAGCUAAAGCUGAACCCCAACCUUGCCCGGUGCCACACGAUGGCCCAGCAUGUGGUCCGCCUGGUCCGGGUUCUGGCCAGGCCCCAGCAGCAUGGCCUGCUGCUUUCAGUGGCUCGGGGUACUGGGCGUCGUACUGCCAUCACCCUGGCUUCGAGCAUUUGUCAGGUACACUUAUUCCAUUUGCCGUCUAAAUCAAAGGAAGACAUUUCCCAGUGUCUCCGAAAUACCAGCUGGCGAGCUGGAGUGUUAAACCAGCCAGUGGCUCUCCUAGUGCCUGAAAGUGUGGAUGUUAUGACCCUUCAUCGCCUGGUAGCUCUGGCAACCUCAGGCAGCUUCCCUGACCAGUACACAGAGGCUGAUCUGGAUAACAUUGAAGAGCAUCUCCCCAAGGAGAACCUGGUUGUCAAAUACACCACUAAGAAGGGAAUGGUAUUGCAUAGGUUCUACCAGCAAGUGCGUAACAAUCUGCACAUGUUCUUCUUGCUUGGUGAUCACCAGGCCCAAAAGGAGCUGCCUCCAACCCUUUUCCUGAGGCUCCUUCAACUGACCACUGCCAGUGUUGACCGCUAUGAACCCUGGGACCAAGAUUCCCUGAUAAGGGUUGCCCAGUGCCACUUGGAGAGUGCUCAGAGCCUACCCCUUGAUGAUGGCUCCCUGAAGUGCCCAGAUAUCAAGGCUUCAAUUCCCACUGUGGCCAAAAUCAUGGUUCUCAUCCAUCUUUCGUCUGCCUAUUACAAUCAGCACCAGUGCCCUGCAUUGCCACUUGUUACCCCCAAGACCUUUCUAGACUUCCUGGAUAUCUUCCUGCUACAGCAGCAGAUGAUGAUCUUGCAGAUGAGGGCUAGGGCCCUGCGCAUUCACACUGCCCUGAAGACUCUGAGACUGAUGGUUGAGCGGCACAGCACCCGAACCAGCCUGGUCUCUGAUUUGGAGCAGCAGCUAAAAGGUUCCCACAAAAACCUCAGCAUAUAUCAGGAACAGUUGGAGCAAAGCAAGUUACUGUACAGGCAGCAGCUGGCAGAGUGUCGGCACCAGGAGAACCUCAUUGAGAGUCUAGUCAGGCAGCAUGAUGCCCUACAGGCUCAACAGGAGGCUUUUCUUGAGCAGAUGGGCAAGGCAUUUCUAGGUCCUCUGAGCCAGCUGCAGGUGUCUGACUUUGAGGAGAUACGGAGCUAUCGAGCACCACCAGAGUCUGUAGUCCAGGUGACGGAUGCACUGUGUGACCUGUUCCACCAUGAAACAGGCUGGGCUAAUGCCAAGCAGCUGUUAUGUACUGAGAAUUUUUAUCAGGAGCUGGUAUUCUUCCCCAAGGAGAAACUGACCGACUCGGAACUGAUCAAGUUAGACCAAGCUCUGAAUGCUCCAGGGAUGCGAGAUGCAGCUUUGCGGGCUGUAAGCACACCUGCUGCAAACCUGGCAGUCUGGCUCUGGGCUGUUCUACGCUAUGGGAUGGCCCAUCGUCGGGGAUUGCCUACUGGCCUGCUGCUGCAACAGGUGGAGGCAACACUUGCUCGGGAGCAGGCCCGCCUAGGCCAGUUCCAAUUUCAGGCCCAGGAGACAUGGGAGAAGACUAUGGUUCUGAAUAAAAAGCUGGAAGAUGCCCAAACUUGUUACAAUCUCCUGAUGGAGAGCCUCAGUAAGGCACAGGGUGGACAGUAUCACAAAUGGCCAAUAAAGUCUGUGCUACUCACACCUUUGCACAUGUGGACCACACAGCUCCAGAAGUUAAAGGAACACUGCAUGACUGUGUUUGGAGAUGCCCUCUUGUGUGCAGCUGCUGUCAUGUAUCUGGGUCCCUUCCCGCCACAGCGGCGCAAAGAGCUGUUGGACAAGUGGCUGUCUGUGUGUCGGGGCUUUCAGGAAGAUCUGGACGCAGAUGACAUUGCACAGGAACUGAAGCAGAAAUCUGUCAGCAAGCCACCAAAGACCCCUCUGCUGCCCACACGCGUUCCCUUCAGGAUUUUGUCCUUGCUGAGCUGUAAAUCUGAGCAGCACCAGUGGGAUCGAGACCUGAAGCCCCAAGCAAAGUCAGCUCGCCUGGCAGGUCUGCUGCUGCGAAGUCACAUUCACUACCACAGCCGCCGUUGGCCUCUGCUGCUUGACCCCAGCAACCAGGCCCUCGUCUGGUUGAACCCAUUGCCUCUGAGAAACGAGUGGUUGGCACCAGUUUCUGCAGAGAACAGAGAAAAGGGCCACGAGACAAAUCAAGACAUAGAGAAUGCAGAGGAAGAUGAACUAGAAGAUGAUGAUGAUGGUGGUAACAGAGAAGGAAAUGAGGCCAGGGACCAAACAAAAGAGGAAAACAAAAAUGCGGGGAAAGAGCAGGAGGAGCAAGAAAAAGAGAAAGAGAAGAAUGAGACCGGAAGUCCAAAUCCAGCCUCUGAGCCUCAGGGUCCACCUCUCCUCUGCCUUACUGUGCUCUCAGGUGCUGACCCAGAGUUGGGUCCUCAGCUUCUAAAGGCAGCUGCCAGUGGCUUGCCUGUGCUCUUGACCAAUGUGGAGCUGGGCCUAGCGUGCCAAGAACUCCAGUGGCUGCUGAUUCGGGAGAAGCUGUGUCCACCCCAGGUGCAGCCUGGCUUCUGUCUCUAUCUGAGCACUACCCUCCCCAUCCAUGCUUUGGAACAAGUGCUAGGUUGUGAACUGCUGAAGGGCUUGAAUGUUCUGGAUCUGGGUCUGAACAUGGACGUACUAGAAGAACAGAUGCUGCAUGAAAUCUUGUGCAGAGAGCAUCCUGAGCUUGAGACCCGCUGGCAGGAGCUCAAUAUCAGAGCAGUGGAUACCCAUGAAGCCAUGGAGGCUGCUCAGGAGCAUUUGCUGAUGACACUGCUGCUCCAGAAUCAAAAGCGCCAGAAACCAUCUAAGUUUCUGAGGGAGAUGGUAAGGAUUCAGGCAAAGAUAUGUCAGCUGAAUGCUCAUGGUGAAGAGCUAGAAGAGCAAAAGCUGGAGGAGGUGACCAUGUGGGUACCCUACCGGCAGGUUGCUUUGCAUGGAAUGGCCAUGGUGGAAGCCCUAAGCCCACUGCAGAAUCUGCAGCCAUUUUUCUGUAUGAGCCUGGAGAACUGGUUGGCAGCCACCAGGAGGGCUCUAGACAGCAUGAAGCCACAUGAUAUUCAUCAUGGGGAGGAUCUGACCAGCCAUCUAUUGCAGUUGAAAAAACACCUGACCCGCCAGCUGCUGGGCAGCACUGUGGCUGCCCUAGGCUUGACCCAACUACCCCUGGUGGGUGCCUUGGGUGCUUUGGCUCUUCUGCAAGUGACAAAGAAGACACAAAAGCUAGAGAGGUUGGCACUCUGGCCUGGACUGGCAGCCUCUCCCAGCACAGGCCAAAACACACAGGUCCCUGGCGUGGUCAGACCAGCCUGGCUAGGGCCAAGAGCCUGGCAAGAAUGUGGAGUGUUAGAGCUGCUGCCUUCAUUUGCUGGGUUGCGUGCAUCCCUGGCAGGUCACUCUAGUGCGUGGCAGGAUUAUAUGUCAUUAUCAUCCACUGUGCUGGGUCCUGCACCUGGUCCCAACCCUGAGCCACUCAGCCUCCUCCAGAAGCUGAUCCUGUGGCGCGUACUACGACCUGAUUGCCUGACAAGUGCCCUGGCAGACCUCACCACCAGCCUACUGGGUCAGCCCCUGGAUGAAAACCUGGAUGCUCCUACCAUGGCCUUUGAACAUAGUCAGGCUACUCAGCCCAUACUGAUCCUGCUGCCACCACCUGGCCACCCUACAGCCACCCUGCAUCCUGUGACAGUCAUCCGGAACCUGGCUGCCAAACAUGAGCAGGGGCAGAAGCAUCUGCAUGUCAUAGCACUGGGCUCCGAAGCUUGGGAUCCAGUCUCAGAUGUAGUCAGCACUCUAUGUCAGGCUAUGUCCAAGGGGCACUGGCUGGUGCUGGAUAACUGUCAUUUGAUGUCCCAUUGGCCAACAGAGCUGCUGCAGCCCUUGCUGGGACUGCUGGAUGGAGCCAGUGUGGUCUCAGACCUGGAACUGUCAGCCCAACCUGAAAGCAGGAACGUGGCUACUGUCCACAGAGAUUUCCGUCUUUGGCUUAUUGUGUCUACUGAGGCUAGUGCUUCUUUGCCAGGUGUGCUCACUCAGCACUCCAUGCCUGUUUUCUGGGACCAGUCCCUGGAGCUGGGCCCUAUCUUGAUCGACAGCAUGGAGGUAGUUCAGCAAGGACUCUAUAAGCAACCACUCACCCAGACAAUGCCUCUGCUCCUCCUACAUGGCCUCCUCCUACACCGACAGCUCUAUGGAAUGAAGCUGCAGGCACACAGGGGGCGCUGGAGCCAAGUGACCCUGACCAAGGUCCUUCAGACCCAAGAUCAGUUGUCAGCUAGUCUCAGUAAUCCCAGUACUGCCAUGCAGGAGCUGGCUGCUUCAGUUUUCUACGGAGGCUCUGUUGGGGACCCUGAGGACAGAGAGGCCCUAAUUAGCCUGACACAAGCCUGCCUGAAUCCCAGCAGCAGGAGCUGGGUCCAACCAUACACACCUCAGUAUCUGCUGGCCACUCUGAUGCCCAGCCCAGAACUAGGGGAGCUGGAUGCUAUGGCCGAGUGCAAGGCCCGGAUGCACCUACUUCCAACACCAUCUGAACCUCGGACCUGCGGGCUGAAUGAAGGGCCCAAGGCCAGCCUGAUGCGAUGCCAGAGCCGUGCCCUUCUGAGUGCGCUGCAGCGGUGUUCACUCACAUGGGUUCCUUCAGCUUUCAGAGUAAACACCCAGUGCAAGGAAAGGCGUCUCCGACAACGCCUGGUGCAAGCCAGGAGAAGGCUGGUGGCAUUACAGGGUUUGCUGGCCAACCCCAACAUUACUGGUUCAGGCCCGUCUCUAGGUCCCAGGGCUGUGGGGCCCAGUUCACAGCGGCCUCUGGAGGGCUUCCUAGAGACAGAGGUGCUGGAACUGAGACAGCUGGUGGUCACACUGCAGCACGACCUUGACUGCCUGUUGCAGAGGCUGAUGGGCAAACCCCCGUGCCCUUCCAGCCGUUGCGCCGCUGUGGCUGAGGCUCUUUGGACAGGACGCCUGCCUCGACCUUGGAGACCUCAUGCGCCUGCUGGUCCACAGCUGCCCUGGCAAUGGCUGCGACAGCUGUCCAGCCGUGGGCACCUGUUGGUUCGCUACCUGACCAGUGGCAGAAAUGAAAAUACCAAUGAACUACAGCGUAUAUUCCACCUGUCUGCCUUUCGUCACCCUCGUCGCCUGCUGCUGGCGCUGCGUUGGGAGGCUGUCCUGGAGCACUCGGUGCCCAACACCAGCCUUCCGGCUAACCAAGACUCUGGAUCUAGCGCCACCACCAGUCAUCUCCCACAUAAAUGUCAGGAACUGAGCAACAACCCUCUGCAUAUUCGGGUGGAGAAUGACCCAGAUCCCAAGGUUCCAGAGAUGGGGCUGCUGCUGAUAGGGCUACAGGUCCAGCACGCAGAGUGGGACACAAUAGAUGGGGCCUUGCAAGACAGUUCUUCCAGCCAACCCAGCCCUCUGCCUCCUGUCAGCGUCAGCACAAGAGCCCGGAGUGCCAAUGAUGUGCCAGUCUUAGCCAGCCUGGGCGUGUACUCCUGUCCUGUGUACAUGACAGGACCCCUUGGCACCACUAAGCUACACAGCAGGAACAUCCUGAUGCACCUGCCCCUACCCACGAAGCUCAGCCCAGCCACCUGUAUUCAACAGAGAGUCCAUGUGUGCAGCCCAUCCUUAACCUGAACCCCCACCAAAAUAAAGCUGUAGUGAU